AGGCUUUAAUAGUUGGGCUAAAUUGGAUUAUAAAAAUCGUUGCUUAAUUUGCGUUUUGAUUGGAUGUAAUAAUGAAUAGUUUUCUUGUUGUUAUCCUAUUUCUAUCCAAGCUUCUGUAAUCUUUUAACUAUAGAUUGAAAAAUUAAUUACGUUUUCUUUUCUUAAAUAAAUUUCAAGGAGAUAAAAGAGAGGAAGUCGGAAGGAGAUAGUUUCUUUGAGAAAAUAAAGAGGGAAUAAUAGAAAAUAAUUCUUAUUGAUCCACAGACCACGUUUAUUGGGACCAAGAAAAUACUUUCUGCAGAAAAUGUUGAAUGAUAAUUAACUUUUAAUCAAUUUGUCCUGGCAUUUAUUAUUUGCCCUGCCGUUCAAUGGUACAUCUCAAAUCUUGCAAAAAAAAUUUCACAUAUCCUUGAUUAAAAAAAAAAAAAAAAUCAACAUAUCGGUGGUGCAGAUGCAGAGUCGGGGCGCCAUGCUUUCUUCACGUGGCUAUCUUUGUGGAUUCCACCUCACAUGCCUUGUGCAGAAUGGUUAGUUUAGGCAAAUCAAUCAAUGGAACUGGUUUCUUUCCGUUGUUAAAAAAAAAAAAAAAAAGGAAAUGGUCAAAAAAGAAAAAAUAGUAGCAUCGAUAAUGCUUUGGUCCCAUACUCCUUGUAUGGUAGUGGCAGCCCUAUAUAUAUAUAUAUAUUCACAUGAAAUUAAGCCUUCAAAUCACGCCCCAAAAUCUACUCAUAGUUCACAAAGUCCAAAGCUGUGAGGCAGAUAAAGAAAUGAAGAAGAGUCUCUACACCACAAUACUCUUGAUCGCGCUCAUCUCUGCUGCUGCUGGAGAUCAUAGCGACGAAUGCGUUUACACCCUCUACGUCAAGACCGGAUCCAUCAUCAAGGCUGGAACCGAUUCCAAGAUCAGCCUGGCCCUCGGUGAUCCACAAGGCCGCUCUGUUUGGGUCCCAGACCUUCAAUCCUGGGGCCUAAUGGGACCCUCCCACGACUACUAUGAGCGUGGUAACCUCGAUAUCUUUAGCGGCCGCGGCCCCUGCAUCGGCUCACCCGUCUGCCGCCUCAACUUGACCUCUGAUGGCUCAGGGUCGCACCAUGGCUGGUACUGUGAUUACAUCGAGGUCACCUCCACUGGGCCUCACAAGGAGUGCAGCCAGACCAUCUUCUACGUUAAUCAGUGGCUGGCUACCGAUGUUGCACCCUUCAAGUUAACGGUUCAACUUGAUGGAUGUAGCUUGUGGGAUCAACAUGCGAAGCAGGCGGUGAAGGAGAGGUUUGUUGUUGGAAAUCGCAGAGGAUUUGCAGCCACUUGAAAAGGGAUCAUUUUAUCAACUAUAAUCCAUUGGUGUUUUCACUUUGUUGAGAAUCCGUUUUAGCUAGUUUGGAUUUUCUGAAGAGUAUUAAUAAUGAUAAUUUCUCUUCAUCUUCCAA